UUUCAGAGGUUAAGUAAAUGUCAUUUUGAAAUUUUUACAACUUACAACAAAUAACAAAUAAAUGACGAGCUGAAUGGAGAAAAAUGCAUUUCCCAAAAUAAAUGAAACGUUUAUGGAACACUCCAACUUGAAUGGCAGGAUAUAAAAUUAACCGGCCACAUAGCUGAAAUAUCGUACAUUGCCAAAGUCUCACUUGAAAUUUGUCAGUUUUAUGAACUGAAAUCGAAGAGCCUGUUAUAUCACUGAAAAUGUGGGACUCUACAAUGUUCUUGAGUACAUUAACCCCCAAGUUUUACGUUGCAUUAACUGGUACCUCUUCUUUGAUAUCGGGGCUAAUUUUGAUAUUCGAAUGGUGGUAUUUUAGAAAAUAUGGGACUUCUUUCAUUGAGCAAGUCUCUCUGAAUCAUAUCAGCCCUUGGAUAAGUGGUGUCGAUAACACUGAGAAUGGCUCUGGUAGUAGCAGUAGCAGUUCUUCGAAUGGUUCUCAAAGUAACGUACCCGAAUGUAAGGUUUGGAGGAAUCCUCUGAAUUUAUUGAGAGGGGCAGAGUAUCAGCGAUUUUACUGGGCAACCACCAAGGAGCCAUUAACAUAUUACGACAUGAACUUGUCAGCGCAGGACCACCAGACGUUUUUCACAUGUGAAGCAGACGCUGGAAGGUCGGAAUACGAGUUGAUGCAAUCGGCUUGGAGGGAAAGAAAUCCUGUUUUACGGUUGAAGGCUGCUCAUACUGCCAUCGAGAAGAAUCCAGAAUGUGCAUCAGCUUACAUAUUAUUAGCUGAAGAGGAAGCAACGACAAUAUUAGACGCAGAAAAAAUAUUUAAGACAGCUCUGAAAAUAGCCGAAACAAAUUAUAAAAAAUCACAAGCGUUGCAACACCAAGGGUCACUGAUGGAAGCACAACAUAGGAGAGAUACUAACGUGUUGAUUUACAUCAAGAGGAGAUUAGCGAUGUGUGCUAGAAAAUUGGGUAAGAUGAAGGACGCUGUUAAGAUGUUUAGGGAUUUAACCAAGGAAGUUCCUCCGAUUAUGAACGUUUUGAACGUACACGAGAAUCUUAUUGAAGCGUUGCUUCAGAUGCAAGCGUAUGCGGAUGUGCAAGCUGUCUUGGCGAAAUACGACGAUAUUUCACUGCCUAAAUCUGCGGCCAUUUGUUAUACUGCUGCGUUGCUGAAAGCUAGACAGGUAGCGGAUAAAUUUUCGCCAGAUAUUGCCACGAAACGAGGUUUGACCAGUGCCGAGAUGGCUGCCGUUGAGGCCAUUCACAGGGCGGUGGAAUUCAAUCCACACGUACCGAAAUAUCUGCUAGAAAUGAAGCCUCUCAUCAUGCCCCCGGAGCACAUAUUAAAAAGGGGCGAUUCUGAAGCAGUCGCAUAUAGUUUCUUCCAUUUGGCGCAUUGGAAAGCUGUCGAAGGAGCCUUGAAUCUCUUACAUUGUACUUGGGAAGGUACUUUCAGAAUGCUGCCAUAUCCGUUGGAAAGGGGGCAUCUUUUCUACCCGUAUCCGACGUGUACAGAAUGCGCAGAUAGGGAACUUUUACCGAGCUUCCAUGAAGUUUCGGUGUAUCCGAAAAAAGAACUACCCUUCUUCAUCAUUUUCACGGCUGGGCUGUGCUCUUUCACGGCACUCUUAGCGCUCCUAACACAUCAGUAUCCGGAACCGAUGGGUGUGGUCGCCAAAGCUGUGCUGAAUUCAGUGUCUUUGCCGGUGUAUUUCGUUUACGACAAAAUCGAGUGUUUGCUGCCUUCGAAUAUACUCCUGCAGUUGUCGAGGAUAUAGUAUGAGUCGGGUUUCGAUGACGGACAUGUUGAUUUUAAUUUUUAACGUACUUAUUAUAGUGUUGUAGAUGUUUCUUAUUUAUAUUGUUAUUUCUCUGCCUUGAAGUUUAACAUUUUAUAAAUGAAAAUAUUGUAAUCUGUGAACAGAUAGUUUGAUUUGCUUGACAGAUUUUUCGAGAGGAAUUGUGUGAUUGCAAGAUUAUGUGAAAAUUAUGGAAUAAAAAAUUCAUUCGCA